AUGUCGAGCGACAAGAUGAAAGCAGUUCAUUACGAGGGCCCGUUCAAGGUCUCGGUCAAGGAUGUCGAGAUACCCAAGAUCCAGCAUCCAGAUGACGUUAUUGUCAAGGUCACGACGGCAGCCAUAUGCGGUUCCGACUUGCACAUGUACCAAGGGCGUACCGCAGCCGAAGCUGGUCUCGUGUUUGGCCAUGAGAAUAUGGGAAUCAUUGUCGAGACUGGAUCUGGUGUAACGCUCUUGGAAAAAGGAGACCGGAUCGUAUUGCCAUUUAAUGUUGCCGAUGGUAGAUGCCGCAACUGCGAGGAAGGCAAGACGGCUUUCUGUACCGGUGUAAAUCCGGGUUUCGCGGGCGGCGCAUACGGAUAUGUAGCCAUGGGACCGUAUCAAGGUGGCCAGGCGCAAUAUCUUCGAGUCCCGUUUGCUGACUUCAAUGCGCUCAAAUUGCCAAAAGGUACCGAGCACGAAGCCGAUUUCAUUCUACUUGCAGACAUCUUCCCAACGGGAUGGCACGGGCUGGUGCUCUCUGGUUUCCAGUCUGGCGAGAGUGUUGCCGUUUUCGGUGCAGGUCCUGUUGGCCUAAUGGCGGCAUACAGCGGUGUGCUACGUGGUGCCAGUAAGGUGUUUGUUGUCGACACAGUGCCGGAACGUUUACAGGCGGCGGAGAAGAUUGGCUGUUUACCCAUUGACUUCAAGAAGAGCGAUCCUGUGGAGCAAAUCAUCAAGCUAAAUGGCGGAAUGGUCGAUCGCGCCGUUGAUGCUGUCGGAUACCAGGCAGUAGACGCGUCGGGUAGUAAAGAGAAGCCGAAUAUCGUCCUUGACCAGCUCAUCAUGGUCACACGUCCGACCGGAGGCCUAGGUAUUCCGGGGCUAUAUGUACCAGCCGACCCAGGGGCGCCGGAUGAACAGAGCAAGAAGGGUCAGAUUCUGAUCUCAUUCGGAAAGCUUUUCGAAAAGGGUCUGCAUCUUGGAACCGGACAAUGCAACGUCAAAGCCUACAACCGGUAUCUUCGGGACAUGAUUGUUUCGGGCAAGGCAAAGCCGAGUUUCGUUGUAUCGCAUGAGAUUAACAUCGAGGAUGCACCAACGGCGUACGAAAAGUUUGACAAGAGGAUUGAAGGGUACACGAAGGUGUUGAUUCAUCCGAACGGCGCCUUGAACUAG